GUAAUUAUAACUUUUAUCAAGCAUACAUGUUAAAAUUUCCCUUGCAAAUUUAGCAUAAUAAACUGUGUAUGCAUUAUUUAUAAGCUUAAGCCUUUUUUUUUUCAACUUCUCACUCUUGGGAGUAAGCAUAAUGAUCUCCAUGGCAUCCCAAGCUGCAACCCACUUACCCUCUUUGGAGAACCUACCAGUACCAGUUAUCAACCUCUUAGAGAAUUGCAAGUCCAUUGAACAACUCAGACAAAUCCACGCCCAAACAAUCAAAUUGGGGAUUACGUCACUUCCCCUUGUACAGAAUAAGAUUAUCGCAUCCUCUUGUGCUCAACAAAACGACAACAUGGUGUAUGCGCGUCAAGUGUUCGACGGAAUUCCUGAACCAAGUGUCUUCGUUUGGAACACCAUGAUCAAAGGCUAUUCUAGGAUGCAUUGUCCGCGAGACGGGGUGACCAUGUAUGUAGCUAUGCUAGGAAGGAAUUGCAAGCCUAACCAUUAUACUUUUCCGUUUUUGUUCAAGGGAUUUACUCGUGAUACUGCAUUGGUUUGUGGGAAAGAGUUGCAUGGUCAUGUGCUUAAAUUUGGGCUUGAUUCGAAUAUUUAUGUUCAAAAUGCUUUGGUGAAUAUGUACUCUUCGAGUGGCCUUGUUGAUAUGGCUCGCGAGGUUUUUGACUCGAGUUUUGAGAGGGAUGCUGUGACUUGGAAUGCAAUGAUAUCUGGGUACAAUAGAGUAAAAAAAUUUGAUGAAUCAAUGAAGCUUUUCAAAGAAAUGGUGAGAAAAGGAGUGUUGCCCACUUCUGUUACCUUUUCUUUGGUGCUUUCAGCUUGCUCCAAAUUUAAAGAUUUAGAAACUGGAAAGCAGGUUCAUAGAUAUCUCAAAGAGAGCGGUAUUGUGCCUAAUUUAGUUUUGGAAAACGCUUUGAUGGAUAUGUAUGCAUCUUGUGGAGAAAUGAGUACCUCACUUGAGAUUUUUGAGAGCAUGAAGACUAGAGAUGUAAUUUCUUGGACUACCAUUGUCACAGGGUUUGCAAAUUCAGGACAACUUGAUUCAGCUCGGAAGUACUUUGAUGGCAUGACUGAAAGAGAUUAUGUCUCUUGGACGGCCAUAAUUGAUGGAUACUUACGAGUGAACCAGUUCAAAGAGGCAUUGGAACUUUUUCGUGAGAUGCAGACUUCAAAGAUAAGACCAGACGAAUUCACGGUAGUUAGCAUCCUAACAGCUUGUGCUCAUCUAGGUGCGUUUGAACUAGGAGAAUGGAUUAAAACUUAUAUAGACAAAAACAAGAUCAAGAAAGAUACCUUUGUUGGAAAUGCACUAAUAGACAUGUACUUUAAGUGUGGCAAUGUGGAGAAAGCACUCAUGGUUUUUAAUGAAUUGCCUCAAAGAGACAAAUUUACAUGGACUGCUGUGAUUGUUGGCCUAGCUGUCAACGGACAUGGUGAGGAAGCUCUUGAUAUGUUCUCUCAGAUGCUGAAAUCUUCAGUUAAACCAGAUGAGGUAACAUGCAUUGGCGUUCUCUGCGCCUGUACUCAUACUGGCAUGGUAGAUAAAGGAAGAAAGUUUUUUGCUAGUAUGAUCCCUCAACAUGGAAUUCAGCCAAAUGUGGCACAUUAUGGAUGUAUGGUGGAUCUUCUUGGCCGAGCAGGGCAUCUAAAAGAAGCAUAUGAAACAAUACUUAAUAUGCCGAUGAAACCAAAUUCGAUUGUCUGGGGAGCUCUUCUUGGUGCUUGUAGAGUUCAUAAAGACACAAAACUGGCUGAAAUAGCGGCUAAAAAGAUUCUCGAAUUGGACCCUGAAAACAGUGCUGUUUACGUUCUCUUGUGCAAUAUAUAUGCAACUUGCAAUAAAUGGGAGCGUUUGCGUGAGAUAAGAGAAAUGAUGAGCAGUAGAGGAAUCAAGAAGACCCCAGGAUGCAGUUUGAUAGAGAUGAAUGGUACGGUUCAUGAAUUUGUAGCUGGAGACCUGUCACAUCCUCAAUCUGAAAAAAUAUAUUCACACUUGGAAAAAAUUACAACAGAUUUAAAAACUGUUGGGUAUUCACCUGAUACAUCAGAGGUAUUUCUGGAUAUGGGAGAAGAGGAGAAAGAGAGUGCAGUCAACCGCCAUAGUGAGAAGUUGGCUAUUGCAUUUGGUCUUAUUAGUUCUAAGCCAGGGGUGACAAUUAGAGUUGUGAAGAACCUAAGAAUGUGUGUGGAUUGUCAUGGAAUGGCAAAGUUGGUAUCUGAGGUAUACAAUAGAGAAGUAGUUGUUAGAGACCGAACCCGGUUCCACCAUUUCAGGCACGGGUCAUGUUCAUGUAAAGAUUAUUGGUAGAAGUAUAACGCAUAACGCUUCACUACCAAGGAUUCUAGACUGAUAUUGUAUAUGGUAGAAACUGCCUAAACAUGGUAAAUGCAAUACCAAUUAAUGAUUUCGAACAUGAUUUUAAGAAUA